AUGGGCGACUGGAACCUGCUGGGAAAGCUCCUGGAAAAAGCCCAGGAGCACUCUACCGUGGUGGGAAAGGUGUGGCUCACUGUGCUGUUCAUCUUCCGCAUCCUGAUCCUGAGUGCUGCGACUGAGAAGGUGUGGGGUGACGAACAGUCGGGCUUCACGUGCGACACAAAGCAGCCUGGUUGUGAGAAUGUGUGCUAUGAUAUCACUUUCCCCAUCUCCCACGUUCGCUUCUGGGUGCUGCAGAUCAUCUUUGUGUCCACGCCAUCGUUGAUCUACCUGGGACACAUCCUCCAUCUGGUGCGGAUGGAGGACAAGCAUAAAGACCAAGAGAAGGAACAUGCACACCAUUCCAACAAGCAGGCCCUCAUUGCGGAUACUAAGCACAAAAAGGCUCUGGUGAGGGACACUAAAGGCCGUGUGCGCCUGCAGGGGGAGCUCUUGCGCACUUAUGUCUUUAAUGUGGUUUUUAAGACCCUGUUUGAGGUGGGCUUCAUUGUGGCCCAAUACCUAUUGUAUGGCUUUGAGCUGAAGCCCAUGUACACAUGUGACAGACCCCCUUGCCCCAAUGUGGUAAACUGUUACAUAUCCCGUCCCACAGAGAAAACCAUUUUCAUCAUCUUCAUGCUGGGAGUAGCCAGCGUGUCCCUGUUCCUCAAUCUCAUAGAGAUCUAUCACCUGGGAUUCACCAAGUGCCGUCAGGGCAUCACCUUCAGGAGAGAUGAACAGCCAUCUGUAUGUUCCUCCAAGGAGCCCAGCGAGACUCCAGUGCCGUUUGCGCCAAGUUACAACGACUACUUCCAUGGGCAUCACCAAGUCCAGCCAGCCUACCCUCCUGUACCCAGCUACAACCUCUCGCCUCUGUCUCAGGGCACAGACUCUUCCUUUCAACCCUACCACAGCAAGGCGGCAUACAAACAGAAUAAGGAUAACUUGGCUGUGGAAAGGAGCAGCAGCAAGCCAGAGGAAUGUGACCUGAAAGGAAAGAAGGGAGCAGGAUCAGCCCCUGGGUCACCUACGCAGGCCAGGCCCAGCCGCAGUGCCAAACACAGCAACAACAAGACUAGAAUAGAUGAUCUGAAGAUAUGAGGAGGUUUAUGUUUCUCUGAGGGGUCUUAAAUUGCUGUGAGGGGAUCGUAUGUUGUUUUGAAGCAUUCAUACAUGCCCGAAUGACUCCCCUCUUUACGAUGGCAAAGGUUUUACUCAUUCCAAAUCAGAGCAGAGUGACAUUUAUAGGGCACACAGAGGUUGCAAUUUAAUGUGUAAGGGACUGAUGUGGUAGAACAAAAACAUUUCUAAUGAAGUUAAACCUCUUCAAGGAUGUUUUGCUCCACUGAAAGAGUCCCAUUAUAUUUUUUUCUUUUGAAAUGUUUCUAUGGUAUGAAUCUUUCCACUAUUCACUACUAUCUAACAAAAUUGACAAAACACAAUAAAACACAUUUCUGCUCAGGUUUUACACUGAGCUUAUCUUAUUUUUUUUUAAAGUGUGUGAUGAAUGUGAAUGAACCUGAAAAAUGCAACUCCUUGUGUAAAGUCGCCCAAAUUUUGGGAACAGAAUCCAGAGCAGAAACUUGUUCAGUACUGACAUGACCUCAUUUGAGUAAAUAGAUAGGGCGAAUAGUUAAAUUUAACUUUCUUAACUGUUUUGAGGCAUCGAGCAUAGUUCACUUGCUUAGACUUGAAGUGAGAAGUUGUGCAAUACCUGACAACACACUGACACUGGAAGUAACUAGUUCCAGGACGUGCCUCAAAAAGAAAAUUGCACUGGUCUCAGGAGUUCCCAGAUUUAUACUGUCUCUUUUUAUUGCAACAGCCAGCAAGUACAUAAUUAUAAGCACAUUGUU